UUUUUAAACUUUUGCUUGUCUGACAUGAAAUGAGUGCCCUUUUGCAUACCUUUCCUGAUCAGUUACUUUUCUCCUAUCACAGGUAGGCGCCAUAGGUCGUGAUGUCUCGGCUAGAAUCUAGCAAAGGGGAUGAAUGUAUCUUCACGGGCGAAUGGCUCCGGAAGGCCUCUGAUUCCGAGAAGAUGAUGGAAUCAUACCAUCAGGACGGCUGUGUCUUGAUCUGGUACCAGCUGGAUCUGAGCAGCGCCGAGCCAUUGCAAGAAGAGCACGUCAGGAGAGCUGUUGCUCACCUGUACAGGAAGGUUCCAAGUCUGAACGUAUGUUAUGGUACCUUUGAGGACGAGAUAUGGUUCAGAAGGGCUACAAACCCAGAGAUUGAUUUUAAAGUUCAUCGGGGUUCGCAGUUAGAGGAAGUGAGAGAGUCACUGCGCAGUCAUUCUUACAAGAGUGAAACUGGGCCGCUUUUCUGUGCUCGGUUAGUUUAUGAUUCCCCUGACAUUGCCAGUGACACCAAAGAUCUGGAGCCUUCAUUUCCCUUCAAGAGCCACAUAAUCUUUGGCCUGCAUCACGGAAUGACGGACGGGACGAGUAACAUGAAUAUUAUGGGGUUCUUCAUUUCCUUGCUGAAUGAUGUCAUUUCUGAGAAACCCAUCAACAACCAGGAAUCGUUGGGCCAUUUUGCAUCGGACGAAGAAACUAUGAACCUGAUCAUGGAGAAAAAAGCGGCGCUAGAAGAAAACCCCAAGAUGAAAAAAAAGAUCGAAGAUGAUAUUCUUUUCCAGGAUAGCCACACGCCAUUCUUGGUGAAAUGUUUCACUCCGACUGGCAAAAAGGAGCGCACGUCCUCCAUAGUGAGGGUCCUUGAUGAAGAUGUCACCUCCAAAUUUAUCCAGAGGUGCAAGAAGGAAAAAGUAACAGUUGGGUCUGUGUUCACAGCAGUUGUCAACAUGGCCAUUGUUGAUGUCUUGGUUGAAUAUGGUGUCACUGAAGAUUCGUAUUUAAUCGCGAACUUCCAUACAGUAAAUUUCCGUCGGUUUUGGAAACCAAAACCGUCGGUGCCCCUUGGGUUACAUAUGGGCUACCCCCUCAUGCUGUUUUCGGACACCCCUAGGAAUAUUCAUCAAAAAUUUUGGGACUAUGCUAAAACCAUUGGAGAGAGUAUGAGAGAGUAUGUGUUUUCAGGUAGAAUGUUUGCAGAGAAAGCUUAUUCCAUGUUCUUUUCCAAAGGCUCGUCUCAGUCCAAUAGCACAGUAUCCUGUGAUUACAUCACAUCCAAUAUGGGUGAUGUCACUCGUCUAGUUACUGAGGGAGGAGAUCACGUAAGGAUCAGUAAUGUUGUUCGCGGUUCCACGUUCCACAAGAUGCCCCUUUCUGUUCUUGUCAACAGCCAUACUUUCAGAGGCAUAUUCACCAUCAUCUUUGAGUAUGACGAAGCUAAGCUUCAGCGACAAGUGGCUGAGAAGCUGUGCUCCAAGAUAGUGAAGUGCUUUCGAGAGGUGGCACUUUCAACUUUUGCUUAUUAGCAGAUUUUCCCCUUGAAUAUUGUCACGCUUUCCUUUUCAUAUGUAAAUGGUGAAUGCAUAUAUUGAUUUCAUCAUCUGAUAAUCAUUCUCCUUUUGAAAAUAUGGAAGAUAGCUAAAAGUUUGACUUGCAAGUUUAUUGUUAAAAUUAUAAAAGUGUGUGGUCUCUUUAAUUUAGAGAGAUGAUGCCAUUUUGUCUCAGUCUUUUAUCUCAAAUAUUCUUCACAUUCAAGUCUUCCCGAAGGCACGUUUUUGAUGAGAUUCUUAGUUGUUAUCUCCAUUGAAGUGAAGGCCAACACGGAGCAGAGAAUGCUGUAACUGAUACACAGCAUAGAUGUUUCCAUACUAAAUAAGAUACCAUGAGUACUCGCUAUAUUUAUUUGAGUCUCUUUAUAUAUAUUAUUACUAAUAAUAGUCUACAGUUAAGGAACUCCAUAGUAAAAUAUGACAACCUCUUAGAAAAGGAAAAAUUAUAGACCAACGUAUUAUACUUAAUUUAUGCGUCCAGUGUUCCCACAAUAUUACUUAUAUAUUACUACACUAUUCUAUGUUUACAAUGCUACAUCGCUGUAAGUACAGAGCCAUUACAACAAUUACUUGGUAGCAAUAUUAUGCAAUUAUGCUUUAUUCAAGUGAUUUUUUAAAAUCUUGUUUGUUGAUGUGACUGGCAUCAACAGUUGUAAGGGAUAGGCUGUCAGUACCGGUCAGUGUAGCUUAUUGACGGUAAUUUUACUCAUUUUUGCGACGUUAGUGGAGUGGAAGUGUGAAGUGUUCUUCAGGGUAGUACAUACAUGAAGUCAGUCGUGUUCGUGUGUGUCUGUGGUUCAUUGCAGUUGCUAGUAAGUGCAGUAGGCUCUUCAGCAGUAUCAAGUACUUUGAUAAGGAUGAGUUGUCAGAUAACUGUGUGCACGUGGUUUUUUUUUUUUUUUUUUUUUUUUUGCUCUAAUUGUUUAUAUCAAAUCGGUAGGCAUAGUGUACUCGUAUGAUGAAUGCUGGCUAAAUAUAACGAACACAAUUAGGUUUUUUAUUUUUAUAAAUCUUUGGUUGCCUUGAAAUGAGAAGAUUUGAUGGAGAUCCUUUUAUUUCAGAAAGGAAGACAAAUAAAAAAAAAAAAAUAACGUAAGGUUUGAUACUUCAGGGAAAGGCUUGCUUGGGGCUUUGUAAAGUGACAAAAUGGAUAACAAUUUUUCAAUAAUCACAAUCCUUGGUGACCAGUGUAAUUACAACAUUCUAUUGUAAAUAUAUCGUUGAUUCACUA